AUGAUUUUCUCAAUUUUCCUCGGAUUGGCUUCGGUGGCUGCCGCCGUUGUCAUUCCCGGCCCUCCCGGCCCUCACCCGGUCGCUCUAAGGGUGCGAGCUUUUGAAGACGCGGCACGAUGGGAUCCGCACGCACCCAAAGACCAGCCCGAGAGGCGGCGCGUGAUGGUAUCCGUCAACAUCCCUAUCAAGAAGGAAAUCAGAUGUUCCGCCGAGACCCUCCCCUAUAUGCCGCCAAUCACCACGAGUGUCUACGGCAAGAUGGCUGCAGAGAUGUACGGGCUACCCGAUACCCUCUUAUCGGGGUUAGAACUCGAGUUUUGUCACGUCAAGGCGCCGUGCGCCUCAAAAGCUGACAAGUACCCACUCGUUGUCUUCUCGCCUGCACGAGCGCUUACUAGACUGGCGUAUGGUGUUCUCGCGCGGUCGCUUGCCAGCUAUGGCUAUAUCGUUGUCACUGUGGAUCACACAUACGAAGCUACUGUAGUUGAGUUCCCGGACGGAAGUGUAAGAUACGCAGAGAACGCGACCAAUAGCGACGAGGACUACGUCGAGAGCCUCUUAGAUAGCCGUCAGAAAGAUGUUUCUUUCGUUAUCGACCAGCUACUCGAUACAUCGGCGGUGGACUCACUGAUGACGGGGACGCAAGCUUCCAUCGACCCGGACAAGAUAUUUGUCGCGGGGCACUCUUUGGGAGGUGCGACGGCCGCCACGUCACUCUACGCCGAUGACCGCAUCCUCGGCGGCUUGAACUUUGACGGUCUCAUCAUUGGACCUGUCGCGACCGAAGGGACCCAUAAACCUCUGGUGCUGGUCGGCACGCCGACAAGUACUGACUACGUCCCCGGGUGGAACGAAACCUGGCCUAAUCUUCGCGGCCCAUCUCUCAUGUUGGCAGUUGCGGGAACUACUCACCUGUCAUUUUUUGAUAUCGCCAAGCUUCUCACUGUGUUGGCGCUGCCGGCGGAGUUUGAUGAGCUGAUCGAACAGGCUCUGGGGCCCAUCCAAAGCGGGACGUUGGAAAAGAUCAAGAAUGAGCUGCUUCUCAGGACCUUGGACUUUGUGCUAGAGAAUAAAAAGGAUGCGUUAUGUGGCAUCGAAAGUAUCGGCCCUGAGGUCAAGCAGCUGCAGGGCAAGAACUUGUCAUGUUCCUAG